ACCACAUCACACGGCUGUCAUUCCCUCUCCGGCCCCUCCAAUCUAGGGUUAUCUCCAGGGUGUCUUGCCGCCGGCCACCGUCGAGGAUGUCGGAAUCCAACCCGCCGGACCACGAGCUCUACGCCCAUGAUGGAGCCGGGGCUGCAGGGGGCGGUGCUGAGAAGAUGGAUGUUGCGUCGGAUAUGCCCUCGGAUCAAGAGCAUCUCGGGGAGGCUGUUGAUGCGGCGAUGCCGCUCAUGAGUGUAACUUCGAAUCAGUUGACGCUUUUGUUCCAGGGAGAGGUCUAUGUGUUUGAUUCCGUCUCUCCUGAAAAGGUGCAAGCAGUGCUAUUGCUGUUGGGAGGUUGUGAAGUACCAACUGGCAUAGCUGGAAUGACAUUACCCUGUCACCAGGAUGACAAGGGUUUGGAUGAUUUACUACGGCGCACAAACAUUCCUGCAAAGAGGAUUGCUUCAUUGAUUAGAUUUCGUGAAAAACGCAAGGAGCGGUGUUUUGAUAAGAAAAUUCGAUAUAAUGUCCGGAAGGAGGUUGCUCUCAGGAUGCAACGCCGGAAAGGACAAUUCGCUGGCAAGGCAAAUCCUCAGGAAGGUGCAUCUGUGCCAUCAACUUGUGAACUUGCUCAGAGUUCUGGCCAAGAUGAUAGUCUGCAAGAAAGCAAAUGUCAAAAUUGUGGCAUUAGUGAAAAGAUGACACCAGCAAUGCGGCGCGGACCAGCAGGUCCAAGAUCUCUCUGCAAUGCAUGUGGACUGAUGUGGGCAAACAAGGGUACUUUGAGAAAUCUCUCCAAAGUCUCCAAAAUGGGUACCCCGAGUCCUGCCAAUAAUACGAAUAUGCUUGGGGAAUCCAUUGAUUCAGACACCGGUGACAACAAACCUCUUAUUUUGGCAUCUGAAAAUCAAGAUCCAGUUGUGAACCCAUCAGAAAUAGCAGCAAAUGGGAUGCCUGGUGACAUGCAGCAUGAAGGAGGAAAUGAGUUAAAGACUAAAUUGUGAAUGAUACUGGAUUGUAUUGUGUAGUGAAAGGCGGGUUUUCAGGGUACUCUGUUCAUAGAAAAGCUUAACCUCAUAAUGACUUAGGACUGCUGCAGUUCAUAGCUUCACUCGUGGUCGGGAGAGACUAAUGUAGCAUUGCAUCAUCACCAGGUUUGUGCGGAGUUGAUAUGAACUUGCUGUCACUGAUGCAAUUUGAGCGCUGGGCACAACUUGUCGCGGUUGUCUGAUUUUAGUCCUAGUGUAUGUUCUUUGCGUGCUCUUUUAAACCAAGUUAUAUAUAAAAGCCUGCAGAUCAAUUCAUCCUUUCAACAUAA